GUCGUGACAGACGAAGCAAAAUUUAGAAAGGAACGUCAACACAUCCUCAACCAGGCGUGUAUGUGGUUUGACAAGACCAGGAUGUGGUCAUAUAGUAAAUGAAAACGUAGCAAAGGAAAAUAUAUUUGAUGCUUUACAAAACACAAGGAUAUUUGUACAAAUUUGAAAAUGGUUGGAGCUGAAAUCUGACUCGCGAGCUCAUCCGAGUUUACAUUAGACAAGGAAGUAAUAUUACAUAUCGGAUCAUGUCACAUCCAUUCGUGUGUGAAGGGUGACGCAUGCGACUGAUCCUCCUCAAGCAAGAUAAUGUAAGCCCCAGCAUGACCUAGGUGAAACAAGAGUGACUGACAGCAAUGGCCAUCUUGAUUGACAACUUGUCAUCUCAUCUAGCACCACUGUCAAGCUAACUCACACCAAGGUCUAUGAGAAGAUGGAUAACGUCAUCAAACAGGGAUAUCUACGGAAGGCCUUUCCUUCAGAGAGGGGACUUUCCAACCUUCUUGAUAAAAUCGACCCCAACAAGUGGUUUGUAUUUCUCGUGCGGCAAGGCAAGCCAUACUUGGAAUAUUAUGAAAAAGAGACUGAUGUUUUCUCUGCGGAACCAAUCAACACCUUUGACCUCUCAUCCUGUAAACAAGUGACUUUCACCUUUCUGCGGAAUGCCCGGAUUCACACUUUCAACAUUAUACUUGGUGACCGGGUCAUUGAACUUGCUACAACCUCCAGGGAGAUAAUGAUAUCUUGGUGUGACUGUCUGGAAAUUACACUACAACGACUUGGAAUUCUAGGGAAAGAAGAUCAUGAGCAUGUCUACUCCUUCUGUCCAGCUGUCGUCAACAAGAUUGGACAUUCAAGCAAAGAUGAGGAGGAGGAUUCAAAAGAAGAGGAAGGGGCAGCAGCAGAUUAUUCUGUUCCAGACGAAGACAUUUUCGGGACAGUAAGAGAAAUGGAGAAGGCAGAAGAAACUGAUAAAAAGAUGACAGAAAAAGACAUUCAUGACUAUCUUCUUCGUAAAGAAAGCAAUGCAAGCCAUGCUAGUGAAGAUGACACGUCUGACUAUUCUGGGGACUUUGUUGGCAGAGAAUUCUUCCAAAAAAAUCGGAUUCUUUUGGGAGAAAAGAAAAGAGAUUCUUUAGGAAGGUCUGCUGUUGUUAAAUCAGAUAGGACAAGUGUGGCAAACAUUGAAACACAACCUAAAACAGUGGAGGAUUCGAAUAACAAUACCAAUAGUUUUGGCAGUGGGGACAAUUGUAUAGAUGAUCUGGAUGAUGGGUAUUCAGAACUUGCCAACUGGAGAAUGAAAGAUGCAAAAUUUGGGGAAGGUGGACACAAUGGAAUGGCUGUCUCCAAAAAUCCAUCACCUCCGAAUCAAAAGACCACUGCUUCAUCACAUAUCAAAAAUCAGGGUUCACUCUCAGAUGGUAUAUCAAAGGAAAAGCUUGUUGUGGACUUGCCUCAGGAAGCUUGUUGUAGCAAUGACUCUGGUUGUCGACCUUUGGUAGGUGGUACAACUUCUGCAGCUGCUGCUCAAAAUUCAGGAUUAAGAGGUGGUGGUGCUCAGAAUGCUAAUGCUGUCUCAAACAUGAACCAACGAGGUGAAAAUCUUUAUAGUGCUUUUCCUGGUGCAGAAGAGCAAGUGUUUUCUGAAACAUUAACAACACAAACAGAAACGUCUUUAAAAAGUGUUGAACCGCUUCCAAGGAGUGUAGCCCCGAGUACUAAACCAAUACCAAGGAGACGCACACAUGUUCCCAAUUCUAAAAGUGUUGAUCAUGGAACCACCAAGAUGUUUCAGAAGUGGGAGACUUUUGACUCAGAUUUCCCUUCAAAAAGAGCUCCUAAUACUCCUGCUGCUUCUGCAACAAGAGACUCCAUGAGCAAUGGUACAAGCAACAUCCCACCAUUGCCACCGAGAUUUGACUCGUUGCCCUCAUGGUGUUCUGACUCUACUGAUGAUACCUUGUUCAAGAACAUCCAGGAACGCCCAAUGCCAAGAGUUCCAUCUCCAGUGUUUAACCAUAUGACCCAGUCUUACACCGGACCUUCAGUGUCCAGUCAGCAAGUUCCCCCGAUUCCUCCAAGAAGGGAUUCAAGGGGAAACAGGGCAGCAAGCACAUCAGACAUUGCCCCUCCUCUCCCGGCAAGAAGGAGCCAGAGCUUUCGAAUCCAACGACCGAUAACGUCUCCUCCAAACUUGACAGGUGAUGGUCCACAGUUUUUAGACCAUCCACCACCAUCACCACAAGACAUUGACGACGCUGUAGUGCGGCGGCCAGAUCGCCAGUUGUCCAUCCGGAUGAGGAUGGAGAGGGGACAGAGUGCUCACACUGUGAUAUCAUUGAAACACAAUCAGAUAGACAUUCUUCAAGGAGAGAUGUUGUCUGCUGGUGUUGCUCUUGAGCUAACUCAGAAGUCGUGUCAGGGGAUUGCGUUGGUGGAUAUCAACAAGAAAGUUUGGAUUGGAGGCUGGAAUUGGAAAGACUUCCCACGUCUCCACAGCAAGUUCCAUGUUGGUGACGAGUUGCUGAGCAUCAACAGCCAGCCUGUAGAGAAUGCCAGUUCGGCCAUGAAGAUCCUGAAGCACGCUUCCAAGCCGAUGGAGGUCGUGGUCCGUCGCAUCCCCAAUGCCAGAGUUUUCGAGAUCAGGAGGUCAGCAGAGGGGCAGAGUCUCGGCAUCAGAAGAGAAGGAGGAACAGGGGAGAUUCUAUAUGUUGACCCAAAUGGUCUGGCAGCAAAACAUGGCCUUUUGUCCAGAGGGGAGUGUGUGCUGAACCCAGGCAAUCUCUGUACCUGGUACAUGACCGAGAUAAACAGCAGACCAGUCAGCCUCUAUUUUAAGGAUCUUGAGAUUGAACACAGACUGAAUGCUGUUGGCCUUGAGAUAUCAUUUGUGGUCCAGCCGUCAGACUUCAUCAAUGAGAUAAAGAAACAGAUAAAGAAGAUGAAGAAUUACAAGAGCUACAUCCCACAGUGAUCAGUCUUAAAACUCUGCAGGAUUUUAUGCAUUCAUUUGCUUGUGAUAUGUGUGUAGCUAUUUGAUACUCUGUGCUUUCAUAAUGGUAAGCUUGUUAUUAUCACCUAUUUAUUUCAUCUUAAGUCUUCAGUAGCUUCAGCAUAUAAUCAGAUUCUGCAGUGCUUUAUGAUCCCACUCUACUCUUUAGUCAGAUGUGUUUAUCAUUUCAGAAAUGUUUCAAAGUUUCCUAACAUACUAGUAAUUGAUUUGAGAAACUGUUUGGAAACAACUUUGAUUGGACUACAGAUGGUCUUUAUAUAUUCUUGGGCAGUGACUGAGUUUACUAAAGAGAUAACAGACUGACUGCUGGAUAUUCCAGGGUUUGAAGCAGGGAGUUAUUUCAGGAAAAAGUAAUUGGUUCCAAAAUUUGUGAAGGCCUCAGUAUGUUCAAAACAGAGAUCAAGUUGUUCCCUGUGUAUGCUUGUGUAUUUCACAGAUGACAUGGAUACUGUUUUUCUGUCCAAAACAAAAUGGUAUUAGUCUUGAAGCUGUGACUCCAAACAUUUUCUUACCCUGCCCCAAUACUGCAUAGGCAGUCCCAUACAAUGUUCAGCAUUGAAAAACAUAUUUGCUCAAUAAUGUUUCGAAGUUUGUUUUGGUGCUUGUAUUUGUUGAACAAUGAGGAUUGUAUUUCUAAGUAAUUAUCACUCGUGGUUCAUAUUAGAACAACUAGCUAGACCUUUUCUGGUAUUUAGAAAGAAGCAAAAAGGUUUCCUUUGAAGUUUUGUUUGUAAAGUUUAUUACUCUGAUGGACAUUGCUGAUAGACAUGGUACAUAGUGAAGCCAUAAGAAACAUUGCUCACAAAUACAAACUUUGUUCCAUCCUUCAUUAUCCAGAGUGUCGCGUCUCCAUUUCUUAGUGUUAAAUACCUUCGGACCAUCCACUGCCUUUAGCUUUUCUCGAAGUCCAGGGUGACUGACGCCAUGUUAAAAGUCAAAUUACAGCAGUCUUUCAUGACUGAAACAAAAAGCAGUGUCACUACUACUACUCUCUUCCAUUCCAUCUCACAUACUCUUGGAAACAUAUGGGUAAAUGAACUCAUGCUAGCCUUGUGGUUAGAGUAUUCAUCUGUCACGCCGAAGACCUGGGUUCGAUUCCCAACAUGGGUCCUAUGACUG